CGGCCCAUUCGUCUCCAAUCUGCUAAACCCUUCAACGAAUCCACGCCCUCUCCACACGACGCGCCCGAGCCCCUCUCCCAUGCCGGUCGCCGCCGCUCCCUAGUUCCUAGCCUCCACAAAGCCUCAAACCAUGGACACGUCAAGCGCAGCAACCAUCCAGGUAACGGACGGCGUGCCCCCGCCGAAGCGGCGGCGCCUCGCGCAGCCGGUGGCGCCGCCACGGACCAUCGCCGACAUGGCUCAGGAGAUCCUCCUCCGCCUCCCGCCGGGCGAACCCGGGUGCCUCGCGCGCGCCGCCCUCGUCUGCAAGCGCUGGCGCCGCCUCGUCUCCGACCGGGCCUUCCUCCGCCGCUACCGCGCAUUCCAUCGAACACCUCCCAUGCUCGGCUUCGUCCUCAACCUCAAGCAGCACUUCCGCGGCAUGGCCGAGCUCGUCCCCACCGCCCCCUCCUUCCGCCCCGAAACCGCGUGCUACGAGGGCCUGAACGUGCUCGACGCCCGCCAUGGCCGCGUGCUCCUCCGCACCUCCGAGCUUGGCUCCCGCCAGGACCUCGUCGUCUGGGACCCCAUCACGGACGACGAGUGGGAGAUCCCCCGCCUGCUGGUCUACGCGCUCGGUUUCAACGCCGCGGUGCUCUGCGCCGCGGCUGGCUGCGACCACCUCGACUGCCGCGGCGGCCCCUUCCUCGUGGCUCUCGUGGGCUCCAGCGAGCGGGGCAUCACGUUUGCCUACACCUACUCGUCGGAGGCCGGCGCGUGGGGGCAGCGGAUCGUCAUCGAGGAGCCGGCGUUCGUCGACGAGCAGCGGCCCAGCGUCCUUGUGGGUAACACUGUCUACUGCUCCUGCGAUCCGCAGAUCAAUUUCAAGAUCGUGGGGUAUGACGUCGCCGCCCAGAAACUAUCCAUGAUCUGGCCGCCAUCCCAGCACGAUGAAUACUGUAGCUGUGCCAUCAUGAAAGCUGGGGAUGGCACGCUGGGGCUCGCCGGCGUGCAGGUUGACAGCUUCUUUUGGGAAGAUAAUACGAGUGCCAGGCUCUACCUGUGGUCGAUGAAGGCUGGUCCAGACGGAUUUGCGGAAUGGACACAACGCAGAGUUAUCCGGCACAAGACGCUGCUCCGCACCCGUGGCCUCUCGACACCGCCUCAGAUCGUCGGCUUCGCAGAUGGCCACGACCUCAUUUUCGUGAGGACAGGUAACAAGGUGUUGUCCAUGGACCUCAAGUCAGACCAUGUUCGUCAGGUGUACGCCUGCAGGUCAAGGAACUACGACGUCACUAUCAUUCCGUACAUGAGCUUCUACACUCCAGAUCAUGCUACAGGCUCAACUGCCAUCACCAUGAGGGCUCGCUGUCAUCCAGUAGCAUGAACCUGCUGCCGUUGGCUUGUUGAAGAUGAUGUUCUCAGUAUUUUGCUUUCAGUUGGACUGUUUAAGUAGCUAGGCCGGAAGUAAGUCGCCAAGGUUGAAGUUAUUAUAUUUUGUUGUCAACGUGGCAGUUGAAACAAGGGAAAGAGUUAUGUAAGCAUGGUCAAUUUAUUAUGUUCUGUUUGCAGUUUGGUAGUUUAAGCAAAACAUGAUGGUCAUUUUGUACUUAGUAGUUUCUCUUUCCAUUGAACUGUUCUGGAUUAUUGCAAUUAGUAAUAUCUAUGAGUCAGAUUUAUGUUUCUGGUUCUCUUCAGCAAA